AUGAAACAGCUGUCAGCAACUAGCCAUUCAUUGACACCUCAAAGUGAUUUGGACUCCAGCAGCUCUGAAGAAUUCUAUCAGGCUGUUCACCAUGCUGAGCAAACCUUCAGAAAAAUGGAAAGUUACUUGAAACAACAGCAGCUCUGUGAUGUUAUCCUGAUUGUUGGGAACCGCAAGAUACCUGCACACAGGCUUGUUCUGAGCUCAGUCUCAGACUAUUUUGCUGCCAUGUUUACAAGUGAUGUUUGCGAAGCCAAGCAGGAGGAAAUCAAGAUGGAAGGCAUAGACCCCAAUGCCCUCUGGGAUCUUGUACAAUUUGCAUAUACAGGUUGCUUGGAGCUGAAGGAAGACACCAUUGAAAACCUCCUGGCCGCAGCCUGCCUUCUUCAGCUGCCCCAAGUGGUAGAAGUGUGCUGCCAUUUCCUCAUGAAGCUUUUGCAUCCAUCCAACUGCUUAGGAAUCCGAGCAUUUGCAGAUGCCCAAGGGUGCAUUGAACUAAUGAAGGUGGCUCACAGCUACACGAUGGAAAACAUAAUGGAAGUUAUAAGAAAUCAAGAGUUUUUACUGCUUCCAGCUGAGGAGCUCCAUAAACUCCUAGCCAGUGAUGAUGUAAAUGUUCCUGAUGAAGAAACCAUCUUCCAUGCAUUAAUGAUGUGGGUGAAGUAUGACAUGCAGAGAAGAUGCAAUGACUUGAGUAUGCUUCUCGCCUUUAUAAGACUGCCCCUGCUUCCACCACAGAUAUUGGCUGACCUAGAAAACCAUGCAUUAUUUAAGAAUGAUCUGGAAUGUCAAAAAUUAAUUCUGGAAGCAAUGAAAUAUCAUCUAUUGCCAGAAAGAAGAACUUUAAUGCAAAGUCCAAGAACUAAACCUAGAAAAUCUACAGUUGGAACUCUGUAUGCUGUAGGAGGAAUGGAUAACAACAAAGGAGCUACAACCAUAGAGAAAUAUAACCUCAGAACAAAUUUGUGGAUCCAGGCAGGGAUGAUGAAUGGCCGGAGAUUGCAGUUUGGUGUGGCUGUUAUUGAUGACAAACUCUUUGUAAUUGGAGGUCGAGAUGGCUUAAAGACAUUGAACACUGUUGAAUGUUACAAUCCCAAAACAAAGACUUGGACUGUCUUACCACCGAUGUCAACACAUCGACAUGGUCUAGGUGUGACCGUACUUGAAGGCCCGAUUUAUGCUGUGGGAGGCCAUGAUGGCUGGAGCUAUCUGAACACAGUGGAGAGAUGGGAUCCCCAGAGUCAGCAGUGGACUUUUGUUGCAAGUAUGUCAAUUGCCCGAAGCACAGUUGGUGUAGCAGCACUGAAUGGCAAGUUGUACUCAGUUGGAGGCCGUGAUGGAAGUUCGUGUUUGAGUUCAAUGGAGUAUUAUGAUCCUCAUACAAAUAAGUGGAACAUGUGUGCUCCAAUGUGUAAAAGAAGAGGGGGUGUUGGAGUAGCCACAUGUGAUGGCUUCCUUUAUGCAGUAGGAGGGCAUGAUGCUCCUGCUUCAAAUCACUGUUCCCGGCUCCUGGAUUACGUAGAAAGGUAUGAUCCCAAAACAGACACCUGGACCACCGUGGCUCCUUUGAGUAUGCCCAGAGAUGCUGUUGGAGUUUGUCUCCUUGGUGACCGAUUAUACGCUGUCGGUGGCUAUGAUGGGCAGACAUACCUCAACACCAUGGAAUCCUAUGAUCCACAAACUAAUGAGUGGACACAGAUGGCUUCCUUGAAUAUUGGGAGAGCAGGUGCCUGUGUAGUAGUCAUCAAGCAACCUUGACUUAUUUUUAUUUGGAGAGAUUUUAUUUGCUGGAGUAGUUAUUUUUAUAUCAGAGGGCAAGAAUAAGAAUUUCCUGAGAUGCGAACUCUUCAAGAACAAGGAUUUCUGCAGAUUCACCUACUGAUGUCAAUUGAGGUAGAAGAUCAAACAGAAUUCUAGAAAAUAAACUGCUAUGGGAACAACAUCUGGCCAUGUAUUAGCUCAGGAAUGGUCAUUGGUAAUUUGUUUUGUAUUAUAGCAUACAAUAGCUGGAGUUACCAAAGGCUUGUUUUUCUUGAGCAAUUAAAAGGAGAAACCAAUAUGUGUGACAUGGAUAAUUUCAUUAUUUGUAAUUGCUUGAUAAUAUCUGACAAUAUUCAAGAGGUUGCCCAGUGUAGAAGACAUGAUAUUUCCAUCUGACAGAAUCUGAUUGGUUUACUGUUCUCCUAAUCAGAUAUGGUCAGACCAGGAGGCAGAAUUAUGUUUUAUAAAAACAAACAUGUGUCUUCCUCAUUUUCCUAACCUAACCUACAAGGAUAAUUAGAGAAACAGAUUCAUGCUUGGCUCAGACAUUCAGAAGACAAACUGUCCUGCUAAUCAAAGCUGCAUAUGCCAUCAGAAGCGAUGGUUGGUUUUUAUUGCAACUGUAUUAGUGACUUGAAGCUGGCAGACAAAAAGGAUUGUUUCAUUAGGCUAUCACAUUGCUUUGCUUUUUGGAUACAAUGAGCCAAACUAUCAGUGCAAUUACGGGCUUUUGCCUUAUGUUGAGGUCGUAAGCAUGGAAGCUAGUUAUUCUGAGUGUUAUUUAUAUAUAUAUAUCCAUUGCAUGUUGAAGUCUUUUAGAAUUUCCUUUAUAAAAAACAACAACUUAGAAUUUUGAGACAGAAAUCUAGGAUCCAUUCAUUUGAAGUGUUAAUAAUCAUUGUUAGAAUGAAGGCAGACUUCAGAUUUUCAUUCCCCACUUUUCAAACUUGUUACAUUGAUAUGCAUAUUAUUUUAUGCCAAAUGUUUGUCAUUGUUUACCGCAUAAAGUGGAAACAUUACACAAUGUCUUUAAUAGAUCCAUGUAAAUUUUAAAUACAAUUAAUAAAUGAUAGAAAAUUUGCUUUUA